AAAACCAUGCAUGACAAAGAGGUGAUGAGUGUUUGAAAGGCUCCAUUUCACUGUGACACAGAAUGACAGCCAUAACACAGCGCAGACACAGCUUCAGAGCAGAGGGGGAAACGUGGACACUUGCUCCAGCUGCAUUUCUUUGAGAAAAUGAGCUGCGUUGUUCCCACGAGGACGGUUCUGAAUGACAAAGUUGACUCCAGUGAAGAUGUGAAUUCAACAGAGGACAAUUCACAACAAGAUCAUGAAGAACAGGCCGGCGAGGAGCCCGUCUCUUUUUUACUUCCUCUCCCUCCUUUUCUUCCAUCGUUACCUUCAGCAGCCUCCCCGCUAUCAGAUCAGGCAUAUCUGCAGGCAUCAGCCAUUUUCCAGCAGCUGCGUGAGGAGAAGCCGGUCAUGCUUGAACUUCUACACUAUGGGAAGAAAAUUGACACGCAGCUACCCGAGCAGAGCAGGGACAAAACCACACAGAGACAUGCCUACCAGCUCGCCUUCAACACACUCAAAUACCAAGAUCUACUUGAAGAAAUCAUCACCGACAGCUGCUUCCACUCCUCUCAGCAUAUUUCCACUGACCUGUUGCCGUUGGCGAUGGUGAUGCUGUUUGACCUCCAGGACAGACGCUUUGUGUCGCGUGAACAUCCAACAAGCCCAGGACUGGAGUCUCUACAGGAAGUCAGGGAGCUGGAGGUUAAUCUGCACAGGUGUAAGACCAAACUGGCAGCGUCUUUAGCUCGCUGCAGAGUGAAACUCAACCUGAGGAGCGUCUCCUGUUUUCUGUCAGAUGGUGUCAGAAACAAGCAGCACCAAGCAAAACAUCUGCCACUUUACGCAUGGGUUGACACACUCAAGACCAGUGUUGAAGAAGUGUGCAAAGCGCUGCACAGCGCUGGCUUGUGUGAGAGGAAGAGCAUUACUGACCUGGAGGAGCUGACGUUCUGCAGGGACUCUCUCUGUCCAGACACACUUGUCUUCCCCCAACAGCUUCAUGCUCUGCUCCUGCACAGCAGCCUCACCGGCACACGCACACUGAACAUACAGGACAGGAGUGUGUGUGUAGCAGUAAGCGCGUUACGCCCCCUGCUGUUUGAUCAAGGCGACGUCCUGGUGGUGGGCAGCUUCUCUGCUGUGACUGUGGCUCACAUCGCUGUUGUGGCCGCCGAGCGCUCAGGCCGAGUGUUGGCGUGUGGUGCUGAUCACACACCUUCACAGGUGGAAGAGAUCCGGGAAGUGCUCGGUGAAAUGAACGUUUCCAACGUGCGAAUCCUGUCUGAAGCCUUCUGUGACUUAAAGGAGUGGGACGCCACGGUCCAGCGUCUUAAGGUCAUCAUGGUGCUGCCUCAGUGUUCAUCCACUGCCCUCAAUGACCCCGUGCCCACCAUCCACAGUGAACAUGGAAUCUGGGAUCUUUUGCCAGACUUGUCUCAUGGUUCUGUAUCCAAGGGCAAAAUAAACUCAAUGGCCGGUCAACAGGCACGGCUGUUAGCACAUUCUUUGACCUUCCCAAAGGUUCAGACAGUCGUCUAUUGCACACGCUCAGUGUAUCCUGAGGAGAAUGAACAGCUGGUGAAAAGGGUGUUAGAAAAAACACACACUCACCCCAAACUGCUGCCCUUUAGGGUGAACGGUCCGGUUUUCCCUGCCAACUCUGGAGAGUCAGGAGACACAGAAGACUCCAAGUUCUUCAGACUCGAACCGUCUCAGUUCACCAACGGCUGCUUCAUAGCCAGACUGUCUCGACAGGCUGAUCCCACAAAGGUAGAGACGGUGCAGGAUGUGUUGGCAAGGGCAGCAGCGAAGGGCCUCCUGGGUGGAAUAAUGCCUGAACAAUUAAAAACGGUCAAAAAGGGAAAAAGCAAGAAGAAGCCCCAGUCACCCUCAAGCCAGGGUCCAGGCGCACCUUCAGAAUACCAAACGGAGAAAGACGAGAGAGACCUGGCGGGUGAUGAGAAGGUGGAGGAGUGCACCACAGAAGAAGGUGAGGUCGGGAAGGAAGAGGGGAAGAGGUCAAAAGGUCACAAGCGAAAGCUCAAACGGCGAGCAAAGCAAGCCAAGAGUCAGCCGAAAAACCACAAGAAGAAAGUCAACCCCAACAAGCGUCUGACGAAGAGUAAACAGAGACGUAUACCUCGUCUCACGCUGACAUUAAUGUCCUCGGCGCAGCCGUCCAACCACUUGUCUCCGAUCACAGCUCUUGCUCACAGGAUAAGUGAAAACACAUCUCAGCAGACAGUCGGCGCCCUUUCAUCUGCAGGCAAACAUCCAUCACCUCCUCGCUCUGCUCCACUUUCAGGCCCGGCAGCCUCCGCACAGGUGCACAGACACAUCACACCACAGCCCGACAGAACAGAGACAACACUGCAGGAUGGAGAUAAACCAGGAGGUUUCUUUAAGGAGAGGAAAAAGAUGGUCAGACCAAAGGAAGUGGUGAAACUUGCAGAUUCUGUCCUUCCACCCAUUCCCUCCUCCUCCUCCUCCAGCUCUUUACUUAGCAGGAGUGCUAGUUCUCUCUCCCAGCCUCCGUCCCGCAUCUCCCACCUUCAGCACACCAGCAUGUCGGCAUCCUCUUCCACAGUCUCGCUACCUGGAUUAUAAACAUGAGGGGAUUAAGUAUGUAUUUACAUAAUUCUGACGGUGACUGUGAUUCAAUACAUUACCCAGCAAUAAGACUCCUUCCAGCUACUGCCAUGGAGGUUCAAACCUCCACUGGUCCAAGAAAACAAACUACAAAAGAAAUCAUACAUUUCAUCUAUAAUAACCACUGACUGAAAUAGACAUUUUAACACAAGAUUCUAAAGUGUGAUUUAAUGCCAUUUAACGUGAAAUGUGUAAUGUUUGUUUUAAAUCCUCAAAAAAAGGAUUUCUGUGUAAUUCUGAGACAAAAAAAGCAUAUAUAUAUCGGUCUAUAGUGUAAACACUUUCAGCUAAACAUUGUACUAAAUGGUAUUAAAAUGUGAUUUUUACAGUGUAAGAUGAAGAGUGAGAAAGACAUUAAAGUACACAUCUGCAGAG